UUUUCUAGAGAGAGAGAGAGAAUGGUGUGUUCAAUCAAUCAUGGAGGAGUUUUUGAGGCCAUGAAUAGGUUGUUCUGACCUCCUUUCUUCAGAAGCCUAAUUAGAUUUUGGUAAUUCCUUCUUCCAGAGACGAAACUCUCAAAUCCAGAGUAUUUGUGCUAUAAAGACUUGUACAUCGAUGAAUCAAAGGCGUACACUUCUCUGAAUUUGAGAAUUUCUGGUUGGUCUAAGUUCAGUUUCUGGUUAGAAUCUAAAAGAUGGACUUUUCAGAAUCUACGAAAGUCGUAUAUGAUAGGAUCCAGAAACUAGAACCUGAAAAAGUCUCCAAGAUUAUCGGGUAUCUACUGUUGCAAGAUCAUGGUGAAAGAGAGAUGAUUAGAUUAGCCUUUGGCCCUGAUAAUUUGAUCCAUUCUUUGAUCAAUAAGGCGAAAACCCACCUCAAUUUACCCUCCAAUUCAGCUACUUCUAGUCCAGUUUCACCUCCCAGGGUCAAUUCGGUAUCAGACAUGCCCAUAAAGUUCACACCUUUCUCUCCUGGCGGCUUAUCUCGUCCAUCCCCGUUGGCUAUCCAAGUUCCUAACCGUUGCUGUGAUUCCCAUGGCCAAUCUUUAACGGUUUAUCCAUCUUCGUUUCCUGAAGAUUUUCGCUUUCAAAACCAGCUACAUUUCCUGCCAUUAGAAGAUCAGAUGGAGCCUGCAAACGGCUCAAAUUUCGCGACUAAUAACUAUUUCUAUUCUGAACCUACAGUGGGUUCUAGGACCAACAGAAGAUCUCCUAGUUUGCCUGAAUCGCCCGUCAAGAUUUGCCAUUAUUUCUUGAAAGGUUGCUGUAGGCAUGGAAGUGGUUGUAGGUAUUCUCAUGGUAAUCCCAUGCUGGAAAGCUUCUCUCAGAUCUUUAGCCCGGGUUCAAAUGAGGACGAUAAUGUCUUUUCACCCGGGUCUCUCAACAAACUGGAGAUGGAACUCACUGAACUCUUGAAAUCAAGAAGAGGGUUUCCUGUUUCUAUUGCUUCUUUACCAAUGCUGUAUUAUGAAAAGUUCGGAAAGACCCUUCAAGCCGAGGGGUAUCUCACCGAGAGCCAAAGACAUGGGAAAGCCGGUUAUAGCUUGACUAAGCUUCUUGCACGGCUCAAGAGAAUUACACUCAUCGAUAGGCCUCACGGGCAACAUUCGGUCAUUUUAGCCGAUGAAAUUGCAAAAUAUAUGGAUUACAAUGGAGAUAGAAACGAACAAGGUGGUAUCGUUGCAGGCUCUAGGCAGAUAUAUCUAACGUUUCCGGCUGAGAGUACCUUCACAGAACAAGAUGUUUCAAACUAUUUCAAAAAAUUUGGGCGGGUUCAUGACGUGAGGAUUCCCUGUCAGCAAAAGAGAAUGUUCGGAUUUGUAACCUUUGCUUAUGGGGAGACCGUUAAGGAGAUUCUGAACAAGGGGAACCCGCAUUUUGUUUGUGGUGCACGAGUUUUGGUCAAACCAUACCGCGAAAAAUCUAGGGACGAUAGGAAAAUUGGAGACAAAUUUCGGCAUGCUAUGUACUAUGGUGGUCACUGCCUCGAUGCUGAAUCUGAGCUUCGGUCAAUGGCCAGAAUUUGUGAUAGUUCGACAUUAUUAAAGAAACAGCUGCUAGAAGAACAGCAGGAGCACGCACUUGAGUCAGAGAGAUUGCGGUUCUCAGAAAUGCAGUUGGCAGCAAACCCCACGAACCAACCGACUUUUGGGUACUCGCUCGAAGAGUUGCAGCUAUCAGAAGGUCAUAGAGGGCAGAUGAAUUUCUCAUCUGCAGAGCAGUUUGGUCAUCUGUUAGAUGUUCUGAACAAUGGCUCACCUAAUGAUGACAGAAUUAGGCAGAUAAAUACCAAAUACAAUGAUCAAGAGAAUUGCAGCAGCCAGGGACUGAAUCUUCCCGAUAGUCCAUUUGCAUCUCCCUUAGGAAGCGGGAUAUCGACAGCAACAUAAGUUCUUUCACAAAUAACAGGAGCAGACUUAGAUAUGAAGAAUCAACAUCAAAGUCCAUUUCUUCACACAAAAAGAUCCAGUUUUUUUAGCGUUUUUAGGCCCAAAAAAAAGCAAAUUGCAACGAACACAAGGUACAGAAAACACUUGCGAUAUUUCACCACGUUACCGUUAACUUUUUUAGUUUCUAUAAAGGGUUUCAAUGCAAGCAAGAAAGCAAGACAGAUAGCUUGUUAGUUUUUUCUUUUUGAUUAUAAACUUUAGGAAGAAGAAUGAAAGCAAGUGUAGUGAGUCUGGCUCAGUUAUAGAAAGCAUAUGCAGAUGGCUUAAUGCU